CAGCAUUUCACUGUUGUGGCUGCUCGAGGUGGAGCUGGUUUUUGACCACUUUAUACACAGCCAGCUUAAUGCUGGGGUCGGGCCCCUCCGAAGGGUCACCAGGGAAAUCUGAGGGGCCCUGAGAUGAGUAAUGAGGAGAGGAAAGGGGAAGAAAAAGACACUGGUCUCAGAUUGGAUUUCACCUCCGGGAAAACGGAUUCGGGAGUUUAAUCCCACCGACCCGCCGCUCACUUGUGUGGGAACGUAACGCCAGUGCGGUCAGUUCAUCUCGGGCUCUCGGACCGUUUUCAGCUACUUUCACGCCUCUUGCUUUUAAAUGGAUAUAAAGACGCCGUUGGAGUAUUGACGCACUUUUUCGUGAUUUUUGACAGCUUUUUUGUCUGUUUUGUUUUUUCCUGAAAUCCGAGGGGGACCAUCCUCAUCCCGAAACGUUCGCAUCACCUGAAAGCUAGCUAGCGGCGAAGAAUGCCAUUUUCCGCUCGUCUCAGCUGUUUCGGUAGUUUCGUUGCUUUUAUGUGAAUUUACAAAACAACAAUGAUUUCAGAGGAGAGAAGCAGCCACGUAAAUAAACAAGCCCUGAACUUCCCCGUGGGUUUACUGAUCCGCUCCCCAAAGAGGCGACUGGCCAAACUGGGGAGGAAACCCAGCAAUGGAUCUGUCCAGUCCAACCCCUCGGACAGCACCGUGCGCUCCACAGAGAGCGCGGGUGUCCGGCAGCCAGCCAAGAGCAAAAUCCGCCGCCACAACAACAGGCUUUCAACUGUUUUCAACCACAGCCCCAACCUGCGGGACAUUGGACGCCGGGGCCAGGCGCAGGGCAGCGGGAGCCUGGCCGGAGACCUCCAGGCUGCAGAUGACCCGGCCGAGCUGUCCAGCCAAAUUUCUGUCCCCGGCAUCCUGAAGAUAUUCGGCAGCGACAUCUGUCAGGGGACCAACUAUAAGAGCGUGCUGGCCACCACUCAGUCCAGCGCAAAGGAACUUGUGAAGGAGGCCUUGGAGAGGUACUGUCUGGAAAAAGAGGACCCCAACGACUACGUGCUGUGCGACGUUAUUGGCCAGACGGGUGCAGAUAACCAGUGGAAGAGGGAGUGUUUUCGGGUGGUGGGAGACAAUGAAAAGCCCCUGAUGCUGCAGUCGCUUUGGAAACCCAAGGAAGGCUUCUCCAGACGUUUUGAAAUCCAGCUGAGAGCGAGCGUCGAAGAGCAAAGCUUAAAGGACAGAGACACCGUCACAGCAGGCAUCAAUGCUCAGGCUCGUAAGCUGCAGAAGAGCCGCUCCAGAGUUACCUCUCUGUUCGUGGACGGCAGCGGGGACGAUGUGGACGGACUCGGGAUCUGGAGGAGUUUGAGCGAGAUGGAUCUGUCUGUGAUGGGGAAGGAGGCCAGCAGGGCCCAACAGAGCGCGCUCAGAGAGGAUCCCGAGGCCGAGGCUGACAAGGAGGUGAUGCGACUCGGCAUGGAGAAGGAGGAGACGGAGAGCAGCGACGACAACACCACCCAGUACUCCAUUCACCCACCCUUCGACUUCCCGUACUUCCUCCUGCUGCAGGGCUACAGCCACAGACAGGAUUUUGUCAUCUACCUGAUGAGCGGGACGAACACCAUCUUUGGCUGCUGCAGGGAGCACUGUAACGGUGAGGAUGAGGAGAGGUUAAAGGUCGACAUCCUUCUCUUCGCGCCCGAUGUGUUGCCUCAACACUGCUGCGUCAGACGCUUGGACUCUCACAACCAAACCUCCACGGGGGAGCACAAAAAGACACUGACAAUGCUGAAGCCCCUCCAUGGUGCUCCCGUGACCAGAAAUGGUUUUCUCCUGAAAGAGGAGGUGGAACUGAACCCCGGGGACUUGGUGGGUUUGGGGAAACACUACCUGUUCUUGUUUAAGGAUCCUACCAGCACAUCAGGAUCCCUCCAGAACCCUCCGUGGAUGACGAGACUCUGCCCAAACUCCGAUACAAAAGUGUCAUCCUCUUGUUUAUCAUGUGGCUCCUCUAUCGCCAUGAAAAGGCUGCAGAGGAAGCCUUUACCUCCCCGUUGGAGGGACCUGGAAGGCACAGAGGCUUUGCUAAGCUAUGAGCUGGAGCAGGAGGAAAGAGUCCUCCAGGAGAUUUUGGACAUGUUGGACCCCAGUGGGAACGAACCAAAGCUGACGCCUGCUUUCCUGCUGAGCCUCUGCAUCCAGCACUCGGCCUCCACGUUCGAGCUGACACACUUCAGACAGCUGCUGCUCCGGAUAGCCAGCCAGAUCCAACUCAACAUGUGGGAGAAGACAAAGGAACUUGCAGCAAUCCAGCCAGAAACGAGCUCCAGUGACGGGCAGGCCGAUCAUCUUCGGUUGCUAAGCAUGGAGGAGCUGAUCCCAGGUCUGCAGCCGCUGGUGCUGUGGAUGGCAAACUCCAUUGAACUGCUGCACUUCAUCCAGCACGAAGUCCCUCAGCUGCUGCCCUGGAGGCAGGACCGGGAGGACAAAGGUCUGUUGGACUCUGAAAUGUCAUCCACUCAGACGGCCUGUGAGGAAGCCAUGACAGUCCUGGAGGAAGUCAUCAUGUUCACCUUUCAGCAGUCUGUCUACUAUCUAACAAAGAGUAUGUAUUCAGCGCUGCCGGGUCUGCUGGAAGGGAACCCGUUCUCAGAGAGCGGUCAGCUGCGGGUUCCUGAUGGACUCAGCGGCAUCCUAGAGGUGCUGAAGGAGGCGUUGAAGCUGCUCACGGCUUUCCAGGUGCAUCCAGACAUCUCAUUACAGCUAUGUGCCUACCUGUUCUUCUUCAUCAACGCGUCGCUGUUCAACGCCCUCAUGGAGAGAGGAUCUGUUGCUGGGUUCUACCAGUGGUCCCGAGGCGUUCAGAUCCGGGCCAACCUGGACCUGCUGAUGGACUGGAUCCAGAGCAUCGGACUGGGCGAUCUGGCCACCGAGUUCUUCCAGAAGCUUUCUGCUGCUGUCAAUCUGCUGGCCACACCCAAAGAAACCCUCCUGCAGGCAUCCUGGACUUCUCUCAGGACUGAGUUCGCUGCCCUGAACCCUGCCCAGCUACACCACAUGCUGAGGGAAUACAACUCUGGUAAAGCCUGUCCCACCGGAUGGACCCCAUCGCCGGAUGAUGCUCGGGACUCUGUCAGGACAGGAGACAUCCUGGAGAGCUUCGACAACCACCCGCCACUCAUCCUGCCCAGCAGCACGUUUCACCUGGAGCUAGGUAAACCCAUCGUGGAGCCGGCUCUGUUCGAACAGCUCAGUCACCUGCAGGAGUUCGUUUGCCAGCUCCCCUGCAGUGAAACCCAAGCCGAACGUGAUGUGGAGGAACAGGCUCUCAACGGGACGACCACUGACAGCCAGUCUACAACCUCACCCUCUGUGAGAGUCUACCAGGAUCCUGCCCGGCAGGUGGUCUCUGACCGGGCUACCUGCCCCUCCCCUGGGGCAGCCCUGGACUGCAUCGCCCCUGCACAGCCCACCCAGGCCCGAGGAUCUCACGGUGACCUCAGCAGCUGUGAGGCAGUCCUGACCCAGAAGCUAAAGAGCUUGGAGCUGCAGAACACCCUCCCGGGACAGGCCGACAUGGGCUACCACAAGAGCCUGGCGCUGGACCCAUCCUGCCUGCUCACACCACCCAACACCCCCCAGGGUAUGGAGCUGGCCGAGCUGGAGGCUGAUCUGCAGGAGGGCGCCCGCCAGCAAAGGAAAGCCAGUGGAUGUGCUGAGAGAAAGACAGAAAAUGUGGAGGAGGAAGAAGAAGAGGAAGAGGAGAGAGAGGAGGUGUUCACAGUGGAGCUCCACAGAGGACCUCAUGGUCUCGGGCUGGCGCUCGUCGAUGGAACGAAAACACCACUGAGAAUGAGCGGGAUUUAUGUGAAGUCAGUGGUUCCCGACUCUCCUGCUUCCCAGUGUCUGAAACUGAGAACGGGCGACCGCAUCCUGGCUGUUAAUGGCGUCAGCUUGGUUGGUAUGGAGUAUAACGUCGGCAGAGAGCUGAUUCGAUCAUCAGGAGACUCACUCAGACUGCUCAUCGCCAAGAUCGACUCAAAAACGAGCAGCAAGGGCUCGACAAAAUGCUGAAGGAAAAAAAAACGCCGGCGGGCCACCAAGUGCAAUUGGGAAGGCCAGAGGACACGAGGUUCAUCCUUCCUGCUGCAUCCAAAGUCAGUACUUCUCGCAGGAUGGAUUCCCCUGACCAAAGGAAAACACACCCGCUGCUUUUCAUUUCAGACUCGUUGUGAAAUAGAGCUGUUGUGUGUGUGUGUGUGUUGCUAAAAAGCAUCAAGACAAUCAACAGUUGCAGCAGGACUGGCUCACUUUGCUCAUACCAAACAUAGACUGUGGGCAUUUUGCUGGCAGAUGGGAUGGUGAGGACAAGUCCUUAAAAGCUCAUUUUGCUGUCCCAGCUUCUUUCUGGCCUAUAAACAAACUGCUCCGUACUCAUAAACCAGUGAAGGUUUGGCGGUGAAGAAAAUAGCCAUCUGUGGCAGUUUGCAGUCCUGAAUCAUCUAUUUGACUGUGAGAACACAGUUUUCUGUCUGAAGAGCUGCUGCAGGAUCGUUCGUGUCCGGGAUCAACUGGAUUUAUUCUGAAACUACGGCUUUUGUGGCUACUUUAAAAACUGUGAAAGAGGGAUUUAUAAAAACCUUCCCUCCUACCCAGUCAUUUAGUCUGUUAAGCCCCAUUCGGACAGGAUCAACAUUACAGGUGGACGUUUAUUUAAAUGAUCGUUCGCGACGGGUUUUGAAACCAUCAGGAAGUUACGGGAUAUGGUCUGUAAUAGACAUGGACGUUCAGCAGGACAAAAACAAAAGAGAAAGACAAAAGUCUGCUCGGGGGGGCGCCGGAGAGUUGAAGGGGAAACGUGACGAGAAGAAUUAGAUUCAUAACUCGGUCAAAUAUUGAAUCUCAAGGAUGGAUGUCAUAAUCAAGGAUGACAUUUUCUCAGAUGUGAAUCCAGAAUAGACGUCCAUAAAUCCACUUAGAAAUCAGAGAAAAAAAGAGGCUUCACACUUCAGAACUUGCCUGAAAAUCCUCACAUUUUUAACUUUGUCUUCAGUAUCAGAGAAAACCAGUGAAAGCUGUCUGUGCAUCCAUGGGUACACUGGAAACAGGAGCUGCUAAUAGCUAAUUCGGCCGUACUUUCAACAUCCAAACAAGUAUGAGCUUAAAAAAACAGGGCUCAAGUGAGAAGACCAGUACAGCUUUUACCUCCCGAUGGAUUUAUGUUUUUUCUGUCAGCAUAUUGGUCCCUAAAUAGGAACCAAUGUCUCCAUCUAUCAGAUUAGCACAAACUCCACCUGAUUUAAAAAAAAAAAAAAAUAGAAGGACAAGCAGCUCUUCACAUGGAAAAAGACGGAUCCACUUUAAAAUACAAGUAACAGGAUUAAAAUUACAGCAGCGCCAGCGAGUUCACAAAAAAGGUGGUGAAAAAUGACCCACAUUCAAAAUAACUGACCAGGUGAUGUUACCCCCCCCAGAGGAAUAAAUCUAGUCCGAAUGGGGCUUUAGUGACUCAAAAAGGAAACCAGAUUUCUUGGUAGAGGUACAAACAAAUAAUCUGUCAUUGGGCCUCAGGGGGACAUAGUUUCAACUGUUCCCAACACAAAUCUACUGGAUUUAUAAUGACAUUAAUAUUCUUCUACACAAAUUUCCAACACAAGGGAAACCACACAAGGAAAAAGCAGAAUUGUUUUAUCCUUGUUUUCAGAAAGGCUGGACGUAAAUCGAUAUGGUUUUCUUUGCAUUGUAGCAGUUGGACAUUGUGGCCUUCAGAGCAUCGCUCAGACCUUUCUGCUGUAAAAAUUCCACUUUUAUGUCGCAUGAAAGACUGUACACGAAAAGCAUUGGUUCGUUAACAACAGCGAGUAACAGCAAAUGUCCAUGUUUAACAGAAGGAAUGUUUAGACGGUUGGGUAAACAUCUUUAACCUGCAAUUUUUGUGAUUUUUCAUGCUUAAAUUUAAAAGAGGGUAUAAUCGAUAUUCUUAUCAUAACAAUGAUUAAAUGACUGUGUAAGUGAUGAAAACUACAGAGAAUUAUUAGGUGAAUCUGCAGCUGCCCUCGGUUUUAUAGCGAGUUUCAGCUCAUUUAUCGCUCAUCUGUCCGGAUCACAGCUUUAGUGUUUUGGUUCGCGCUCACUGCUCUCACGGCUUUAUUUUCUGCCAAAAAGGCUGUAAAAAGCUGGCGGACAUAGUGGAGCAUUCAGCGGCUAAUGAGCCAGAUAUUUUCCUCAGGAGUUGGAGGAGACCAAGAAGCAGAACUAAAAGAAGAGGGAAUACUGGACUUUCAUUCAUCGGGUGGAGUCAAGCGCGACGCCAAAUGAAUGAUAGCGUUGCUCCACAACUGCCGAAUGUGUAAAUAGGCAACUUAAAAGGUGAUGAUAUGUCAGUGCCGUGUUCACAACUGGGUUCCACUGAAAACAAGUGGACGAUUACGCCAAAAAUAUGCUCUCAUACAAAUAAAACAGCACUGUCAUGAGUUUGUAUCCUAGUUUCCGAAAAGUUUAAGUUUGGGAAAUCAAAGAUACUCUUCAUAAAAGGAGAUGCACACUUCAAAAACGGGGCAUGCUGCCAUUGUGCUGAACUUCCUCUGCUGCACGUUUGAAGGUCUUUUAGUAGAGAGAACAUGUACAUUAGUUAUAUUGAUACUAUUCCUCUAAAGCCUUUCUGUAAGUAGUUUGUGCCCAAAUCCUAAAACAUGUUCAGAGACACUAAUCUGAAAUCAGCUGACAGCCUUUUUCAGCUUAUACGAAAAACAUCAGCAGACAUUUUUUAAAAAGGUUUUUAACAAUGUAAAACAACAAACCGCUGCAGCCCUGAAGUCUGUGUGUUUUUAUCCCAAAUGUAAACAGUGUUAAAGUAAAGUUCAAGUAUAUUGAAAAACAAAAAGUAUUCAGUUUUUUAAUAUUUAUAUUGCGCAGUAUUU